UCGGGAUUCCCAAACCCUGCCUGCACGUCGGGUGUCGGUAACGCCCAGGUUGCCCCGGGCAGCGGGACACUUAGCGGGUGCCAUUCAUCCCCUUCACCCACUUUGUCAAAACUCCCUUGCUCGCCGCUGCGACGUUGCCAGAGGUCUCGCGCUCUGCACUUUCUCACCCCGCCUUUCUCCCCCCGCCCCGCCCCGCCCCGCCCUUUGUUUUGAAUGCCAAGGAACCUUAAGGAAGAAGGUAGGAUUGGGCAGCUCCGGGCAGGAACACACAGGACAAAGAGGGUCUGGCUUGUGUGGCCCAGCAUUCAGCUCUGACAGUCCUAUGGGUUUCGCUAAAACAACGGCGGUGGGAAGAUGGACCGGGAUUCAAAGGCCUCCUCAACACGACACCACUCCCCGGGAGCUCUGCCUGGUCGGUAUCCUUCCCUGCUCACGUCCACAGCAGGAGACUCGCGAUUCUUCCAGGAGGACAACCCCACAUGCAGAGACAUUUGAGGAGUUUUGUGCAGCUGAACAACUCUUUCCCGGCUACUGGCUGCCAGAAACUCAUUGAAGUGGACGACGAACGUGAACUUCGUACCUUUUAUGAGAAGCGAACAGUCACAGAAGUUGCUGCUGAUGCUCUAGGUGAAGAGUGUAAGGGUUACGUGUUCCAAAUCAGUUGUGGCAAUGACAAACAAGGCUUCCCCAUGAAGCAGGGUGUCUUGACCCAUGGCUGUGUCUGCCUGCUGCCGAGUACAGGGCCUUCCUGCCACCGACCCAGAAGGACUGGGAGAAGAAAGCGCAGAUCUGUUCAGGCUUGCAUUGCGGAUGUCAAUCUCAGUGUUCUCAACUUGGUCAUUGUAAAAAACGGGGAGAAGAAUACUCCUGGACUCACUGAUCCUACUGUGCCUUGUCGCCUGGGGGCCCCAAAGACCUAGCAGAAUCCACAAAGUUUUCAAUCUCUCUCUCUAAGGAAGAUGAUGUCCGCCAGGAUGUUGUGAGAAAGUCCCUAAACAAAGUAGGAAACCUCAUACCUGAGCGGCCAAGAUUGGGCGUCUUCUCACUCCAUGUGUCCUCCAACACAGACGUCGGGGUACUGCUUUGAACAAGCAGUGCAUGAAGACAAAUAAGGAAGAGCCUGCAGAAAAUGCUAACCUUUUGGCCAAGAGAAUGAAGGAGGCCAUAGGAACGGACUGCCAAGAGACAGAGGCUGUCUUCUCUAAGAGGUUCUACCUCUCGUCUGAGUCCAGUCAAAAAUGAGAUUUUGUAAGAGUGGCAAAUAAAUAUUCAUUUCUUUGUUGAAUAAAACAAA